UUUCGUCUUCAUCAAUGGUUAUGUGAACGUGGCGGAUGAGUUGAGAGAGCGGACAACGGUGGGGUGGUGAGUGAGAGUGGGACCCGGAAGGAGGAAAUGGAGAAGUUCCUGAGUCGCCUCGCUUCCGACUUCUUCUUCUUCUUCGUUUUCUCUGUUUUGUCGCUUCCAGAAAGAAAGAAAGAAAUUCUGAGCCCACCCAUCCAUCCAUCCAUCCAUCCAUCCUCCUCCUCUAGGAAGCUUGCACGCAAACUGAAACCUUCUUUCUCUCUCUCUCUGUCUCUGACAUUCCAAAUUGAUUUUUAUGUAAGCACCAUGCUAUUGGUAUCCUUUGUAUAUAUAAAUUAUGAUGUACCAAUAGCAUUUUCUUUUAUCUAAUAAGCAAAUCAUAAAGGCUGAAUUCUAAUUCAUUAACAUAUGGCUGUUCUUCCCCUCUCAACCUCACCUAUUUCAACCGCGACCCCUCUCCCGCCCCCGCCCCUGCCCCCGGCGACACUUGCUCUCCGGAAUUCUCUCUUUCUUCGUCCCGGGAAAACCUCAGCCUCGCCUCUGACACGCCGGCGGCCGUCCCUCUCCCUGCCGCGUGUGGCCGCUCCUCCCACGCCGACCUCACCUACCACUACUGAACAACAACAGCAACCAUCGGACGAAUCUAUAUCCGACCCAGUAGCACAAGUCGAGGUAGAAGAUGAAGAGGAGAGCUCGUCUUCCAGGUUCUCUUGGAGAGAUCAUUGGUACCCCGUCUCCCUCGUCGAAGACCUUGAUCUGGACCUUCCCACUCCAUUCCAGCUCCUCAACCUCGAUCUCGUCCUCUGGUUCGACCGGUCCUCCUCCCAGUGGGUCGCCUUCGACGACAAGUGCCCCCACCGACUCGCUCCUCUCUCUGAAGGUAGGAUAGAUGAAAACGGGCAUUUGCAGUGUUCAUACCACGGGUGGUCCUUUGACGGGUGCGGAUCUUGUACUCGGAUCCCUCAGGCUUCAACGGAAGGCCCAGAAGCUCGGGCAGUUCGAUCUCCGAGAGCCUGUGCAACCAGGUUUCCGACCUUGGUGUCUCAAGGUCUGCUCUUUGUUUGGCCUGACGAGAAUGGCUGGGAGAGAUCAAGAGCCACCAAACCCCCCAUGUUGCCUGAUGACUUUGAGAAGCCUGAGUUUUCAACAGUCACAAUUCAGCGCGAUUUGUUUUACGGUUAUGAUACUCUCAUGGAGAAUGUCUCUGAUCCCUCCCACAUUGAUUUUGCUCAUCACAAGGUUACUGGAAGGAGGGAUAGAGCAAAACCUUUGCCCUUUAAAAUGGAGUCUACUGGCCCCUGGGGCUUCACUGGAUCAAAUGAUGAUAAUCCAAAAAUCAGUGCUAAAUUCAUUGCUCCUUGUUAUUACAUGAAUAAAAUAGAAAUUGACACAAAGCUUCCUCUUGUGGGUGAUCAAAAAUGGGUAAUAUGGAUUUGUUCCUUCAAUGUGCCAAUGGCCCCUGGAAAGACCCGUUCAAUUGUUUGUAGUGCUCGAAAUUUUUUCCAGUUCACAAUGCCAGGUCCUGCAUGGUGGCAAGUUGUUCCCAGAUGGCAUGAACAUUGGACUUCCAACAAGGUAUAUGAUGGUGACAUGAUUGUGCUUCAAGGUCAAGAGAAGACAUUCCUUUCAAAGUCAAAGGAGGGUUCUGCUGAUGUCAACAAGCAGUAUGCCACAAUAACAUUUAUACCCACACAAGCAGAUCGUUUCGUCUUGGCAUUUAGAAAUUGGCUUAGGCGGCAUGGUAAUAACCAACCUGAGUGGUUUGGCACCACUGACCAGCAACCAUUGCCAUCUACUGUCCUAUCCAAACAUCAGAUGUUGGAUAGAUAUGAGCAGCACACUCUGAAGUGUUCCUCGUGUAGAAAAGCUUACUCAACCUUUCAGACAUUGCAGAAGUUCUUACUUGGUGUAGUCGUUCUCUGCUCUGCAACGGCCGGGGUCCCUUCAAAUAUGCAAUUGCGGCUUGUUUUGGCUGCUGUCGCAAUUAUAAGUGCUGCUUCGGCUUAUGUGAUCCAUGAACUUGAGAAGAAUUUCGAGUUUGUUGAUUAUAUACAUGCUGAAAUUGAUUAAUUUCACAGAGAGCUGGCCCCAGGUUGCCAUUGAAAGUGUAUGUAUUAGGAUGUACAAAUUAUUCGUAUAGAAAGUAGAGCAAAUUGUGAGAAUUUUUACAGCUUAGUUUUGGUAGUUGCGUAUUGAUUUUUCUUUUUUGACAGUGUUUCAUACUUCCUAUGGAUUAGUAUUGAGGAAUGACGUAAUCAAGGUCGUAUCGUAUGUAUGGUAUAGUUGACUAUCAAUUGAUAUGGAGUUUUCUGUUUUCAA